AUGGAAGACCUUAUGGCUAAGUGUGAUAACUUAUCACUCUCGGAAUGGGAAGGGAAGAAAGUAGUGUUGUCGAAGAAAAACCAGAGGCCGGAGUGUGUCUUAGCAGCAAAAUUCUUUACGAAGAGGGCUCUAAAUAUUGAUACAGUGGCACGCACGUUUCGACCUAUUUGGCGCACAAAGGCGAGCUUCCAUAUUACUAAUGUGGGAGAGAAUAUACUGCUAUUUACGUUUGAACAGGAGGUGGAUGCUGUAAAAGUUUUGCUUGGGGAACCGUGGUCUUAUGAUCGCCAUUUAGUAGUGCUAAAGCAAUUUGAAGGUAAUAAACCGAUAAAGGAGGUUGUGUUUAACAGGGUGAAAUUUUGGAUCCAAAUUCAUGAUUUGCCAUACAAGUUUAUGACCCCGGAGACAGCCAUUAAAAUCGGUGAAUCAAUUGGAGAGGUGGUUAUGUCGCGAGACGAAUCCAAGAUGAGGGGAGGAACUUUCAUGCGAGUUAGAGUUUGGGUUGAUGUAUCUCGCCCCUUAUGCAGAGGAAGGAAGGUAAACUUUGAGGAUGAUCUAGAAGGUUGGGUCUCUUUUCAGUAUGAGAGAUUACCCAAUAUAUGUUUUGGUGUGGGAUGUUGUCACAUGAUGAUAAGGAAUGCGAACUAUGGCUGA